UCUCGUCGCGUCUCGUCUGGCCGCAAAAACAAAAAGAAAGGAAAAAAAAAACAGCGCGCCACCUAACAAGGAGAGGAGAGAGAAGCAGCGAGGAAAGCGAGAGGCGAGAAACCCUAAUCGAACGCGCGCAGAAAUGGGCAAGCUUCUCUGCGACCCCUCCGCCGCCGCCGUCGCCGAAGCCCUGCCGCCCUCCCCUGCUCCCGCUCCUCCGCCUCAGCUCCUCACCUGGCCCGCCCACGAGCCCUCCACCUCGCCCACGGGCUGGGACGCCGUCUGGGCGCUCGAGGACCAGCAGCGCCGCCGCCUGCACCGGAUCUGGGAGCGGGGCGUUGCGUGGAAGCCCUCCCCGCCGGACGGCGCCGGGGCGGCGCCGGUGGUCUUCCGCCUGGACCACGGCGGGGAGGUCGACGCCGACGGCAACUGCCUCUUCACCGCCGCCCGGACGGCCGCCGCCGCCAAAGCCGACGCCCGCGAGCUCAGGCACCGCACCGUGCACCGCUUCGCCGAGGUCUACGCCGCCGCAGGGGACGACGACAGGGGCGCCGUCGACGCGGCCGUACGGCACCUCUACGCGCCGGAUCUCAAGGCCGGGUGGGGCGUCCACGUCGUGCAGGAGAUCAAGUUGCUCGCGCCCAAGGCCCAGCGCGACGCGCUCGACGCCGCCAUCCAGGAGCUCGUCGAUCUCGGCAUCCAAAGGGAAAUCGCAGCUGAAACUAUCUACAAGGAGAGAUGUAUCACUGUAAACGAUGGAGAUAGUUGGGCCAAGUACAUGUCCAUUUCUGGUUCUGCAGAGGAUGAGCACGACAUAAUCACCCUGCAGUACACAGAGGAGGGGUUACUGACAAUCGAUGAGAACCGGGAUGGCCGUGCAGCUGCAUUUGGUGAUGAUAUUGCCAUUGAGUGCCUGGCAACAGAGUUCAAGAGAGAAGUUUAUGUGGUGCAAGCUCAUGGAGCGGAUGCAAUGGUUGAUGAGGACAACUGUGUCUUCUUCCUCCCGCACCGUCCUAGAGGAGAAAUUUGUGAACCACCAAUUUUUCUAUUCAUGAAGGGAACAGCAUGGUGUGGCGCUGGUGCAGACCAUUAUGAGCCUUUGGUCGCCACUGUUCUCCAGCAUGUUACUCCAGACAAGGCAGCUGUUGUACUUUGAGGAUGACUGCAUUUUUGUCCUCACCCUUAGUUUUUAGUCAGCGGUGGAGUUAAGACAAUUUUGUUACCAGAGCUAGAGUGCUGAAUUGAGGAGCAACACCUAUGCCCAAGAGAGAAGAGAGAUGAUCAAUCUAACUGUGCGUUGCAGGGUCUUGCCUGCUUCUGAAUCUGCGUACCAUGAUUCGCAUUGUAUGGUGAUUUUGUUGUUGUAUGUUCAUGAAUAGGUUCUGACUAGCGAGGAUAUCAGGAGAGUGGUAGAAUACCAAAUCUAGAUUGUUGGUGCCUGAUGUUGUGUGCCAUGGUCGGCCGGCAUUUUUGUAUUUCCUCUUUUGAGGAUCUUUGGUUGCCUGUUUCUAGGAACAUCAUGAUUGGACAUUUGGAUUGGAAUCAAUUCUUUUUUUUUUGUGUGUUGGGUUAA